GGGCUUUUAGAUGAGCUGAGGACAGGGAAGGGUUAAGAUGAGGCAAGUGGAAGCCUCUCUGUUACUUCUGAGAAGAGGAAUGACGAGCUCACUCCUCUCUCCCUUCCACGGUGCUCGGCUCUGCUUUCCUAACUCGGCCUCAGGACGGCUGAAGGACGUGGGCAUUCCUUCCCACGUUCACUUCGUCCCCACAGCAGCCGUACCCUUGUCUUACCCGUUCUUGUCUUGAACCCUCCACCAGUGGACCUCGGAGCUGUCCAGCAGAACAAGAUGUAGAACUCUCAGCUCCUACUCCAGUACCAUGUCUGCCUGAACAAUGCCAUGCUUCCUACCUGGAUGAUAGUGGACUACACUUCUGAAACUCCCAUCUUCGCUGGACCUCGUCAUGGAAGGUUGGAAGCCAGGGCAAAGUCAGGGCCGAUGUCCAAGCUGCACCAGUUGUCUCUGAGGGACAUUGCCUCUGUGACUGUCCUAUCUUUUGAGGGACACCCAGGUGGCCUUGCUCUGGACUCUUUCUCCAUCUUCAAACCCGACAACUACAGACUGAGUGCUGCUUCCUCCAUAUUGCCGGGACCUCUUCCUCUUACCUCUGUGACAUUUAAGGCUCCCAAGAACCACCAAGAUGGAGAGCCACCCAUCCCAAGUGAUCGUCUAGGACAGGCACCCCAUUUUAAGGUACCAGCUGGAUUUCUGCUGUACCCCUUCAGGCUCACUCUGGAGGGAAGAAGAAAGAGGAGCAGAGGCGGGGACCAAUAUGAUCACACUGGUAAUCCUGGGCUGGCACCCUUGGGAUGUGACGAAGACACACAAUGUUUCUUUUCUUUGUGGAAAACUCGAGUCCCAAGUUUUGUUGUUUUCAAGGUUUUCCAGCUGAGGGCCAUUUGGGAGUCCACUGGUCCCACUCCCUGCUGUUUACUGACUUUUACAUCUCUGCCCACAACUCCAAGAGUCCUGCCUUGUCACUGCAGUUACGACACCCCUUCUCUCUGAUGACAAACAGCUCUCCCACAAGCUUUUGCUAUUGUCUCACUGAGAUUUAGAUAAAAUUUUCACAUUUCCAAGGCUCAAUGAGUUGGCCUUUAAAGCCCCUGUUACUUGCCUUCUUGGGAAUACAAGCAUGCAGGACUCUUCCCUCUGACUGAUGAUAAGAAGACAUUUAUAGUACCUCAAGAACUCAGUCCCCUGAUUCUUUAAGCUUUGGCUUCUGAAGGCUGGAAGUGGGUGGACAUUUACCAUCAGAACUGUUUUUGCCUCUUCCUAUGUCUUAGUGGAUGAGACAGCACCCCUAUGUUAGAAUAUAGUAAUAUUUCACUUCUUUAAUUAUAAUUUUUAUGAGCCUCUGGAACCACAGAUGACUUGAGAAAGUCUCACUUAAUGCAUUUUAAUAGAGGCAGAA